UUAAUAAAUACUUUGGGUUAAAUGGCUUUCGUGUUUUCUUAAUUUGUAUGCGAAAGUCAACGUUGUUUUAACUGACCGAACUGGAUGUAGUACCUCCUUUUCUGUUGACAUACUGACUGGUAUGGCUGGACUGUGGUACCACUGGUAACGAUGGAGAGUCUGCUGGAAGACAUGGAGGACGUGGUGGCCCCUGAUCUGUCAGCUGAGGCCACAGACUGGUGCACCAGUUGUCAGGCCCUCAAACAGCAACUGGCUCAAGUCAGAGAGGAGCAAGUACAAAACUUCCAGAAACUGAAACAGAAGAUCAUAUCUACAGACUUGCUGAUCAAGAAGUACAAGUCAAAGUGUGAUGAACAUGAUAUUCAGUGCAAGAAAACAGAUGAUGCCAUCAAACGAGCAGACAGAUAUCAAAGGCAGACUGAGAUUCUGGAGACCCAGUUGAAGGCUGCUCUGCUGGAUACUGAGCCCUUGAGACAAAGCAAAAUAUCCUUAGAAAAGCAGCUGUCAGAGCGGACAAGUGAAGUACAGACCUUGUCUGACAGGAUACUGUCCUUGGAGGGAGUGAACAGGCAGUAUGACAAUCUCUCACGGGCCAACUCUGUGGAUCUGGAGAGACUGCAGGCAGAGAGGAAGGAACAUCUUGCCAGAAUCAAGUGUUUGGAAUCAGGCAAACUGGAGAAAGGGGAAGCAAAAGAAUAUAAAAGAAGAAGUGCAGAGAGCAAGGACCACUACGAUAUUUUACGAAGUGAGAUCAGUAGUCUGAAGAAGGAGAAAACAACUCUGACGAAGGCAAACAAUCGCUUGGAGAAAAAGCUAUGUGCGGCCAUGGCCAAGAUUGAACUGAUGAGGAACAACCAAAAAAGCAGCCCCCACGGACGUAAGCACACAGGGUCAGUUUGCAGCUCCAGCCCCAUCAAGUCCCCAGGGGUCAUGUGUAGCCCCAAGAUCUUCAAGCCUUCCCCCAGGGCAAGGGCACAACUCAGAUCAACGUCUGAUAGGAACUCAUCCUCUCAAGCAACAGACAUUCUGGAUGAUCCGGUUGACAAGAAGCCUGUAUCAGAAAUGGGGACAAGCUCUUCCGAUGACUCUGAUGAUGAUCAGACCAGCCUCUUGAGCUUCAAAUGGACCCUGAGCCCUGUUGCCCCGUGUAUUUCACCUCUCCCACCCACCCCACUGUGUGUGGACAAAAACAAGAUCCAUGGAGGUGUGUCACCUCAGUCUGAUGAUGAUACCUGUAAUGAUGCUGCUGCUGCUGAUGAUGAUGAUGUGUCGGAAAUGGCUGACCAGCUGGAGCUGCAGCUACUGCAGAUGGAGGAGGGACCUCAGCAGCUUGAAAGUAUAGUUGGAGCAAAGAGUGAGGCUAGUCAAAUGGAGAAUUCCUCUGAUGUUCCUAUUAGUGCAAUGGACAAUAUUGUCAAACUCAUUUGUGAUGGUGCUGUUCCAUGUACUGGGACUGAGAGUGUUGAACAGUCUGGUACUGUAACGUUUGUCCAAGUGUGCUUCAGUGAUAAAACAGAACAUGACAGAGCACCUGUCGAAGAGCUUGCUAAACAUAACAGAGAUACUGGAGAACAUGUGCUUACAGAGACCAGUUAUACUCAGAAGAUAGUUGGUGAUAUUGUCACUGAAAUCGCCAUGUCAAAUGCUCAUGUGAAGCAAAAAACAAUUGGAAAUUGUUACACUAGUGACUUGUCAGAUGAAUGUAGUGAAACGCCAACCAAACAAUCUACUUGUGUGGUCACUAAACAGGAGAAUGACAAAUUUAAAGACACAAAUGGUAAAACUAAUGCACCAAAGUCAAAAGGAAAUCAUGUGCAAACUAUUGAAGGAACUUCCUUAAUAGAAAAUAUGUUAACAAACACUAGUGUACAGUCAGACCAAACAAAAGCUGUAGAAAAGGAUGAAAAUACAUUGAAUCAUCAGGAUGAAGAUCAGGGUCAUGAGGAUGCAGGUCUUGAUUUUGGUGAAACAUAUGACAAUAAAGUCAUAGGUGAGGGUGCAACACAAAUGAACAAAUAUCAUGAUAGUAAGUUAAAAGUAGACAGAACUGAUAUGAAAGAUAUAGUAGACAUUCAGAUAUGGAAAGAAGACCAAGUUGAAACUAUAAAAGGAUUGGCCUUACCACCAGUGACAAGUUGUUUUAACUGUCAUGAAAUAGAAUUGGAUACUAAGAGUGUAACACAAGUGUUUCAAAAACCAGGAAUUGAGAAGAAAGAUAAUUUAUCAUCAAAGGAAAGUAUUGAUGCUAAAGAAAUAAAUAACAAGGGUAGCAAAGACAUGUUGUUUGGUUCAAAAACUUCUUGCAACAUCACUCGAGACAUUAAGAAAGGGUCCUGUAAUACUUUGAAAAAUAGUGACGAUUCUACAGAGAAAACUGAUUUUGACUUCAUUGAAGGUUACAAUAUCAUUUCUCGAGACAGUGUAAAGGCAAACAAUAGCCCAAAAGCUUUAGAUAAAAAUGUGAAGAAGAAACUUGGCAAGACAAAACAAAGACUGUUUCAGAACUGUAAAUAUGUAGAUCAUGAUAGCGUAGAAAGCUCCCAAGAAAUUGAGAGGAAGGAAGAAGUGUUAGAAUGUAAAAUGGUACCUGUUGUUGAAUUAUGUGAACUUGGUGGUGCCUGUACUAAGCAGUUUGUGAACACAUGUGCAUUUGAUAAAACUCAAUCAUUAGAUUCUUUAAGUAAGAAUACUCAUGUAAAAAAGACUGGGCUGAAUCAUGUUGUGCCUGUGUUACAAACUAGUGAUUCCUCUCAUGCAUUUAGGCCUGUGCAAUCAGUAGCUCAUAAGAAGAAAGAUGACAAUAGAGUUGGACAAGCUUCAAAAGAAAUUGAAAUAAAACAUAAUGAAGAAAACAAGAUCAGUGCUUGGGUCAGAGACAUCAACAUCACAAAUGAUACUAUUAUUGAUAAUACAAACAACAAUACAGAAUGUGGUGUAACCAGACAAUUGAGUACAGGUUUUACUGUACAUUCUGGAUACAUUGAGAGAAGACAUAGUUCAGAAAAGAUGAAACCUUUCAAAAGUUCACAGCAGCUGAAGAUACAGAUUGACGGUCAAAAUACUUGUGAUACAAUAGAUGAAGAAGAUACCAAUCUAGAGGAAAGUGUAACUAUUCUUCCAACUGACAAAAGUGAGGAACACUUUUUUAGCAAUAAUGAAAGUUUAAGACCUACAUCUAUUAAUAAAAUGAAUCAAUCUGAGGAAAGUGUUUUUCAGCAAGAAGGUUCCACUGAUGGUGCCUCUCAUGUCAAGAAUAUUAUUAAGAAUACAGUCAGAAUUGUAAGUGAUGACAUGAAGCCUGGCUGCUUACACAGUACAUCAGCUGGGAAAAGUUUACCUUUGUCUGCAUCAUUGUUAAUCACUAACACAUUUAAAACAGUUUCUAAACAGCAUUCAGAAUGUGUUGAUAUAAUGGGAGGUUUAGACUCAGAAGCAAACCUCUUUAGGAGCAUUUCAAGAGGAUCUAGUCCCAGUUUGGAAUCCUUGAAUCGAACCUCACCAUUAUCACCUUUGUCUCUUUCCCCAUUUUGUUUUACUAAUCUGAUAUCACCCUUGCCACCUUCACCUGUGCGUGAUUUACAAAGAGUUUCUCCACUUUCACCAACACAGCUAGGAGAAGGUGAUCAAGUACGCAAUUGCACAUCUCAUAAACAUGAACAUAAAUGUGUUAAGACUGAAGUUGCAAGUAAUUAUACUUCAAAUGACAAUAGUUCACAAGAAAAGAUUCAAGAAUUGCCAAUGGGUGUUCAUGGUAAUGUGAUGAUUAAUUCUGAAAAUAGUGUGGGAUUUAAGGUUAGAAUUUCAGAAAUAAAAAAAGAGGAUGAAUGUGGAAAAAUUAAUGCUGAACAAAGUACUCCAUUUACAGUUAAAAUUGAAAGACAAAUGCCUGUUAAGACUAUUAAUAAUGAAAAUGAUGUGUCUCACAAUGCAGGGGAUGAUAAAAAGCAAGUGUCUGACAGGACUGGGGAUGAUCAAAAGCAAGUGUCUGACAUGACUCAGGAUGAUAAAAAGCAAGUGUCUGACAUGACUCAGGAUGAUAAAAAGCAAGUGUCUGAGAUGACUCAGGAUGAUAAAAAGCAAGUGCCUGACAGGACUUGGAAUGAUAAAAAGCAAGUGUCUGACAUGACUCAGGAUGAUAAAAAGCAAGUGUCUGACAUGACUCAGGAUGAUAAAAAGCAAGUGCCUGACAUGACUCAGGAUGAUAAAAAGCAAGUGCCUGACAUGACUCAGAAUGAUAAAAAGCAAGUGUCUGAAAUGACUCAGAAUGAUAAAAAGCAAGUGCCUGACAUGACUCAGGAUGAUAAAAAACAAGUGUCUGACAGGACUUGGAAUGAUAAAAAGCAAGUGUCUAACAAGACUAUUGAAAAUGAAAAGGAUGUGCCUAUCAAGACUAUUGAUAAUGAAAAGGAAGUGUCCCACAAGGCUGGAGAUAAUAAAGAGCUAGUGCUUCAGAAGACUGAUGAUAAAUCUAAGCAAGUUUCUGAAAUAUAUGGAUGUUUAGAUGAUACAGAAUCUAAUGCUAAUUAUCCACACAAAACUGCCGAAAAUGGGUUUAAAGAAAAAAGUGUUAAAAAAAAUGCUCAUACUGUAGAAGACGGAAAAGUCAUUAAAGAAAAAAGAAUUGGUGAGAAGAAAAAUAUGGAUUCAUUAUUACAUAAAUCAGACAGUGGGACUGUUUUACAGAAAGAGGUGGAAAUAAGUAACCUUGCUCAAUCCAAGCUUUCAACAAAUGAAAUCAAAUCUGAAAUGAAUCUCAAAUUUGAAAUGAAUGAGAGUUUUGAGGAUAAUUCUUUAACUGGGGAGGGUGAAAUGUCUUCAGUAUCUGAAGUCCCUGGUGAUAUUGGUCAAAUACAAAAAUCUAAGAGUUAUAAAUUCAUACCAAAUGUCAAAUCAGACAAGGAUAAAGGUCCUGUUAAAUCACAAACAGUUUCUGCUAGAGUAGUACCAUUAGAUCUGAUGAAACUUUCACCAGUCCCAGCCAUUAUCAGUCCAAUAAAAACACCUGUGUGCAAAGUAACUAAAGUUAUUCAACCAAGAAGCAAAGCAGUCAACUUAACAGAAUGUUUUAUUCCAAAACAAUAUAAGAGGAGAUCUGAAGAUACACAAGCUACUACUAAACAGCAGAAUCAGGACAGCACACGGAGAGAGAAGUUGAAAAAACUGAAACAAGAUGUUGCAAACAGUGACUUAUGUUCCAAACAGAUAAUGAGCAAUUCACUUGUCAAGAAAGAAAAGGAAACAAAGACUUUUCAGAAUGUUGGUGAACUCGGUUGUGUACGAAAAUCUGGACGAGUGAUGUUAAGAAAAAGAUCUAAAAGUCCUGACAAUAAAAAUGGUUAUAGAGAAACUGAUGUAUCACACAAAGAAGUUGAUAUUGAGACAGCAAGUAUACCAACAGUAACAAUUGAUGAUACACAAGCUGGAUAUGGUGCUGGAGAUUGUGACCUGGAUAUUGAUGACAUUACGAAAGAAGAAGAGAAAGUCCCCAGUGGAAUGGACAACUGGGCAUUCAAGAGAAGAACCAGACUGGCACAUAAAUCUGAUAUCAGGCCUUUAAGACCAGGAAUGAUUAAAGUGAUCGAUCCACCGUUAUUUCCGCCGAGUGUUUCCCGCCAAGCCAGGAAGAGAAUGUCCGAUCUGAGCUUAAAGCCAGCAGAGGAUGCCUGUAAACAAAUGCUGACUGAGAAAAUACAGCAGAAGAGUUUUGUUGGAGUAAAGCAAAGAAAAGAUGAUAUGAAGAAGGUACAUGGCUAUUUGAAGUCCACUGAGACUCCGGAGGUAUUCAUUGCGGGCAUGAUGUCAAACCAGGGCUCCAGUAGAAUGCCAGACCUGCUGCUCAGUCUGUGUGUGGAGGUGCUGGGUAAAGUGACCACGGACUCAUUAGACACAGUGUAUGAGGUUUGCCUAACUGACCGCCACCGAGACCUCCACCCCACCCACUUCCCUUUCCUCAAUGACAUUGACAGGAAGGCCCUACAGCUUCUGCAGCACCUACAGAGCAAACCUCAAUAUGGUAUCAGUUACCAGACAGUGCUUUCCAUGCUGUGGCAGAGUAUAUUUAGCAGAGAGAUCAGUCUGACAAUUGUUGGGAAAAUGUCCCUGUGUCGAGUGUAUACAGCUGUCUGUGCUACAAAGGGUGAUGUAGAGAGGGCACGUGUCCUGAUCUACCACAUCUACACAUGUGGUCACCUGAGCAGCCUGGAGCUACUGGUGCCCGUAGUCAGUGUGUGGCCCCGAGUCCUGCAGAGACACCCUGGGGACCACUUGGGCAACAUGGUGACCCCUGGUGACCCUCCUGACAAGAACUUGACCCCUGUCAUUACAUUGGUUUUUGAGGAGCUCAUCUCUAGGUCAUUGAUUGAGAUGGCCAAUGACUUUGGAAAAAAAGUUAUGUGUAUCCUCCAGAAGCUCUGUCACUGGACUAGUUGCCCUGGCAAUGCUGAACUCAUCUUGACAUCUCUGCUCAACAGACUGGCCGAUGUGACACACCCAGAUUCCAUGGACCAUGCUUGCAUAUUUGAGCUGGUACAGGGUGCAUGUUUGCUGCUGUCCCAUCAGCCCUGGUCCUGGGUUUGGGACCAGUUUGUGAAGGGACAUGGCCUGCAGAGCUCUGUCAACCGGUACUGCGCAAGCCACAGCAGUGUCCCCAUGGCUCCAGAGUACAUGUGUGCCAUACUCCAGAUCACAAGCUCUGCGCUGUUUGUACAUUCACACACCAUACCCAGCGAGGACCUGCAGCAACUGGCAAACACCUGGCUCCUCCCUCUGCUACACCAUCAACCAGGUUCAGCCAAGGUGCGCAACUCUUGCCUGGAGACUCUCCUAGAGUUGUGCCCCUUCCACCCGCCACUCCUGGUCAGUGUACAGGACUGGUUUUCACGCAAUCUGGCCAGCGUUCAUGACAACAUGGUGCACAGGCUGGAAGAACUGAGAUGUAGCCUCAAACUGUCCACUGGGGUUAUAUGCAUGCCCUUUGUCAAGUGAAGUACAUGUGCAGUGUAACCUGCAAAGAUCCACAGGUGUGAAAUGCAUGCCAUUUGUCAAGUGAAGUACAUGUGCAGUGAAACCUACAAAGAUCUACUGGGUUGAGAUGCAUGCCUGUAAAGUGAAGAACAGGUUCAGUGUAGCCUAGGAGGAUCCAUGGGUGUGAAAUGCAUACCAUUUGUCAAGUGAAGUACAUGUGCAGUGUAACCUACAAAGAUCCACUGGGUUGAGAUGCAUGCCUGUAAAGUGAAGAACAGGUUCAGUGUAGCCUAGGAAGAUCCAUGGGUGUGAAAUGCAUGCCUUUUGUCAAGUAAAGUACAGGUGUAGUGUAACCUACAAAGAUCCAUUGGUGUGAAAUGCAUCCCCUUUGUCAAGUGAAGUACAGGUGUAGUGUAGCCUAUAAUCAUACACUCAGAUGAUAUGCAAACUUGUUUUAGCCAUUACAGACAUGCACAUAAAAAAAGAGCAAAACUGCAAUUUUUAUGCUUUAAUAGAAAAUUAGCAAAAUUUGAAACAUGCUAUGAUUACCUAUGAUUUCUCGUGUAUGUUCGAAAAUGAUUGUUAUCCGUUGAAAAAUAUGUCUGCCAAAGGGCUGGGCAAUGUUCCGUUUUUUGGCUAUAUUAAAAGUUUGUGAAUAUCCUGAGAUAAGAUUUAUUGCCCAAUCUUCAUAAAACUUGCUCCGAAGAUUUAUUCCAAUUAUAUCUUGGACCGGGUUGAAAUAGUUUCUGGUCCAUUAAAAAAAUUGCCACAUGGUGUAGGGCAGUUUUUCUUAUAUAGGUGAAUUCAAACUCUUUUCAUAUACUUGCUAAAAGUCAUGAUUUCUCAGCAAAAUUUGAAAAGGAUUAUGGUCAGUUAUCAAACAUGCCAACCAAAGGUCGGGGCUUUUAUCUGCCUUAUCUUCAAGAAAUUGUCUCUGGACAUUUGUCUCUUGCCUUUGUUCAACUAGGUCACAUUAGGUCUAAAUUUAGGUAUUUUUAAAGGAAAAGCUUGUGAACACAAGGGUACCACAUUGCCCAAUGUUCAUGAAUCUUGGUAAGAACAUUUCUCUCAUUUAUAUCUCGAUCAAGUUCGGAACUGGGUCAUGUGGGGUCAAAAAGUAGGUUACAUGGUCAAACGAAAGAAAAAGCUAGUAAACACUAGAGGUCACAUUUAUGUCCUAAUCUUUAUUAACUUUCUUAAACCUUUUAUAUAUCCAGGGAGUUCAAACGUGGGUCACAAGGGAUAAACAACUAGGUCACAUAGUCAUACUAAAGAAAAGUGUGAAAGCUCUAAAGGCCACAUUUAUUGCACAUUUGUCCAAAUAAUAUCCCAGCUGUGUUUGAAGAUUGAUCAAGUGUUGUCAAAAAUUAGGUCAUUAGGUCAAAGUGAAUAAAUAGCUUGUGAACACUAGAGGACAUAUUUAUUACCCAGCUUUCAUGAAACAUGCUGAGAACAUUUGUCCCAAUAAUAAGCCUAGUUAAAACUGGGUCAUGUUCGAUCAAAAUAAAAAGCUUGUGAAAACUCUUUAGAGGGUACAUUAUUUGCUCAAUCUUUGUGGAAUGUGCUAAUAACGUUUUUCAAAAUAAUAACUGGGCUGAAUUUAGAACUAGGUCACAUGGUAUUAAAAGUUAAAUGCUGUGUCAUUAACUCAAAAGCUUGUCAACUCUGCAACAUGUUUUGCACCAAUCAGUGUUCUUACAAUGGUUCUGGAGACAUUGCAACAGCUGAGAAAAAUAGUCAAUUAUCUAAGAUUCUAAGUAAAAGUAGAUCAUACAUAAUAUAUAAUACUAAAUUACUAAAGUUAGCCUUUUUUUGUUAUAUUGCUGUUUGCAGAUAUCAAUAGUUAUAGCUGUUAUUUCACUGUGAAUUUCUGAGAUGUACCUUUACCAUGAUCAAACCUCGAAUGUCCUUGAAGAGCAAUAUACACUUCAUAGAUAUUUCUUUAGGAAGUUAACUUACUGUCUUACAUAUAGAAUGUAGGCUAGUGGUUGCUUGUAAUGUACAUAGUGGUGAAACCAGCACAGUGAUCCCCCAUAGUAGGCAUGAGUUUAACAUCUCACAUAGGUUUAACAUCUCACAUAGGUUUAACAUCUCACAUAGGUUUAACAUCUCACAUAGGUUCACUGCUGCAGCAAAUAUCAUAUGACCAAAUUACGUUUAAAAUAGUUUAAAUUAAUUAAAAUUUCAGAUGAUAAAUCAACAGUUUGUAAUUUCAGACAAUUGAUUAAUAUUGUAAAGAGAUACAUGAAAGAGAAUAUUAGUGAAAGAGUACACAAAAAACUAUAGUUGCAGUAACUAAGAUUUUAAGCUCAAGUGACCACAAGUCAUUGCAAUGAACACAAUUUGAACAUAAAGCUUGUGGCUGCAGUGGUUAAAACUGGCAGUGUGCCAGUAGGGGAGAGCACUGUGAGGAGUUUGAUUUGUUGUUAGUUGCUAGAUGAUCAUGUAGUUGCUAGUUGAUGAUAUAUUCAUGUACUUACUCAAAAUUAUAAUUGUUUGUAAACUAUUUCAUUUUUUAUGAAAGUGCUUCUUUGUUGCUGUAGAUGAUCAGAUAAGUUGUUUAAGUUUUACUGGGAUAGAAAAAUAUCAAAAGUUUUAUAAUGAUUUAAAUAUGUUUGAUUUUCAGAAAAUGCUAAUAUGACAUUUACAUUAUAAGAAUUGAGGAGCAUUCAAAGACAUUGCACAAUUAUGUGUUCCGGGUAUUCGUUAUCCAUAGAAUUGAUAGACGUUUUGAUUAACAAUCAUGUUCCAAAUGGCAAUACUUAAGAAAACACUGAGUGCAUUUAUGUAUUUGAUGUAUAAAUAAUGUGUUAUACUCUAUAAUUAUCAAUAGUCUGCCUUUUGCAAGGGAGGUGGAAAACUACAACGGGCGAGGCAUGGUAUGGUAUUGCACAAGGGGGGGUUAGAGGGUUAAGGUUAGGGUUAGGGUUAGUGUUAGGGGUCGGGUUAGGGUUUGGGUUAGCCUAAACCCAACCCUUACCCAACCCCUAACCCUAACCCUUGCCCUAACCCUUUUUUGGGGUUAUCACCCCUGACCAUGCUCGCCCAUUGUAGUUUUCCGCCUCCCGAGAUAUGUUGAUGGUCUUAAUUGUUAACGUACCGUACAUGUACAUAAAAUGUGUUAUGUCAAUCCUAUCAGGUUGAACAUUAUUUUCAUUGUUUGUAUAUUCCGUAUAAAUUCAUUGGGUCUGUAUUAUUGUUGUUGUUUUCCAAGAGAUUUUGGCUGUUGCUAUUUCUGUUACGUUUGAUACAAUAAAAUUCGUAUAUA